UCAAAAUCUUUUAAUAUUAUUUUUUUAAAAAAAUCUUUUGCUUUAUUCACUUGAUUUAGAUUUGGAUCAUAAAUGUUUGUUAAAUUACAAUUUUUAUUCUUUUUUUUUUUUUUAAACGUUAAAAUAUUAAAUUACCAAACAAAACCCAUUUGUGGAUUCAUUCACUACGAUCUCCAAAAGCGUAGUUUUUGAGUUUAGUGGAAGUAAAACACAAAACUUUGGUCAGCUUUUUGCAGAGAAAAAAGAGCGAAUCGGACUAUUUGCCGUUUCGACCUCCGAUUCGUUCGUGAUGGUACAGAAAUCCAUGUAAGUUAUACACUUGUCAAAUUGUAUGCCAUGUAUGGGUCCUAGAUUGGGUAUCGAAAACUUUGCACGCCAAGUGUUUGAUGGUUGUUUCCUACGUGAAUUACCUGCUCGUGCAAAAUGCAGAGGAGAUUUGGGUUCUUGGGAUUACACCAAUCUCUCAAAUCGUCUACUCUCUACCAGACAACAAUGGAUUCGUGGUCAUCACCAGACCCAUAUCAGAAAUCAGCUUCUAUGUUGGUCCCGGUGAAGUACAAAUGCAGUGGAGGGAGAAGACCCAAGAAGAAAAUAUACCAUAGAGUUCAUGAACUGGACAAAGUCAUGGACUUGCGGAAGAAGCCAUCAUUAAUCUUACAGCUUAAGUCCAUUAUCCAAUCACAGAAGCAUCAAUCUCUUCUUCUUAGGGACCUUGAAAAAGAAGUUGGGUUUGUUCAGAAAUGGAAUUUCAUGGCUGUAAUUGAGAAGUACCCUUCAAUAUUCCAUGUUGGUGGGGGUAACAGAGCACCUCCUUAUGUUAAGCUAACGGGAAAAGCUGAAAAGGUUGCCAGAGAAGAAGCUGAAGCUAAGGAGUUGAUGGAACCCAUUCUCGUUAAGAACUUAAGGAAGUUGUUAAUGAUGUCUGUUGACUGCCGGCUUCCUCUUGAAAAGAUUGAAUUUAUUGAAUCUGAAUUGGGUUUGCCGGAUGACUUUGAGAAGUCAUUGAUACCAAAGUACCCGGAGUACUUUUCCGUGAAGGAUUUCAAUGGAAAAGCUUAUCUUCAUUUGGAAAAUUGGGAUUCUUCACUAGCUGUCACUGCCCGUGAGGAAAGAUUAGCACUUGAAGGGAUUCUGGCUUCUGAUGGACUGUCGAAGAAGGUUAGAAUAUCAAAAGAUGGUAAUUAUCAAGGUCCAUAUGCGUUUAAAAUGAAUUUUCCUGCUGGUUUUAGACCAAAUGUAGGUUAUCUAGAGCAACUUCAAAGGUGGCAGAAAAUGGAAGUCCCUUCACCAUAUUUGAACGCGAGGAGAUUUGAAAUCGCUGACCCUAAAGCAAGAAAGAGAGUGGUGGCAGUGCUUCAUGAGCUCCUAAGUUUGACAAUGGAGAAAAGGAUGACAUCUGCUCAACUGGACUUAUUUCAUUCAGAGUAUCUAUUACCAUCUAAACUGCUGCUCUGUUUGAUAAAGCAUCAUGGAAUAUUUUACAUUACUAACAAAGGUGCAAGGAGUACUGUGUUCCUUAAAGAAGCUUAUGAUGGGUCAAAUUUGAUAGAGAAGUGUCCCAUGUUGUUGUUCGAUAGUAAAUUUGUAGCACUAAGUGGUAGGGGAGAGAUAACUUCAUGUAAUGAUAUGCCUUCAUCAAAGAUUGUUUCCUGAAAAUUUCUGUUUUGGUUAUUAUUUCAAACUUG